AUGAACGACGCUGCUGAUGUCUGCAGAAUCUUAGACGCUAAGCUAGAGGCCAGCCUCAGGGACUCCCUCACGCUGGCAAACUUUCUUGGAUUUCAGACAGUGGAUGCCGCGAUUUGCUUCGUACCAAACCGUCCGACAUAUCAACAACUACUAGACCGCACAAGGGCACUGGAGGCGGAGAAUACGCGUAUGGUCGAGGAAAAAGAGGCUUUGGCUGCUCGAAUAACGGCUCAGACAGAAGCCCAUUCCACAAUUCCUCGUGCCACCCAUAGUGCUGUGGUAAAAGAACUGCAGGCGCUCACCAGGAGAUACGACGAAUUACUAGCAGUCAAACAAAAGUCCGACGAGCGAUACGCGAAUGAUCAACGCAAAUUCCACGCUUUGGCACUUUACAUGAAGAGUCCUGAAUAUCGGAACAUGGAGGACGAGUACAGGGCCAAUUAUCAUAGCCUCACGCCGCAGGAGAGGGCCCAGAGAAGAGUAGCGAAGGACGUCCUGCUCGAAACGAAAUUGGCCGAAAUUGGACUGGAAAUUCCGCCUAACUUCUCACAGACGAGCCAAGACGAUAAGCCUGACCAGAACAAAGAAAACCAACCUACUCCCACGCGAACACCCCAACGUUCUACUCUCAAGCACCGUUCUCAGUCUUUGCCGCGACCUGCCGCAGUGCUGGAAAACUCUUCUGCUGCGAACAGGUCUUACUUUGCCACAGACAACUAUGGCACAAUUUUGGUUCCCGACUCCUCUGAUGUUGAACGAAGCCCGCUCGCAAACACUUCGCCCCUAAAACACCUGGAGAUCCCAACGGCCGAUGUCUCUCAAACGGAGUCCGAUUAUUCACAAGAUCUAUUCCCCAAGAUUAAACCCAUCGUCAGGAAAGACGAUAAUUCAGUCGAGAUUAUCGAGUCGUCAAAGGCUCGACCCAAAUCCGUCAGUAAAUCCCGUCCCCACAGUCGAGUGCAGCAUAGUCCUGGUGGAAAUGCAUCGGCGGAAGAGCAACCUGGAGAGCGACCGAGGAAGAUACGCCGCGUGAGCAGCCCAGGACCUUCCGAUCGGUCGAAGCGUCAAGAUUCUACUAGCCAUCCAGGCAGUUCUGCCGCAACUCCACUGUAUGUGAGCAACGGUGAUACCCCGACCUCCCAAAGAACAGACAGUCACAUCGUGACGACCAAGAAACCCGUCAGCAAAGCUGACAAGCGUGUGCACUCACCAGGACAACCCGAAUUCCAUACCCCAGUUCCCAAGGCUCAAGCGGGCUCCAGUAAACAAUCUAUUGACUACUCAGUCUACAAGGGACGCGGGCGAUACGCCAACUCUGCCAACCAAACUAUCAACGCCAAAUUCGCGAUCGAUGCUACACGGAACCGGGGAAUGGAUUUUGAAUAUGAUGAUGUGGUACGAGGACGAGAACAAAGGCGGCAACUCCACGCAGAAGACUGCGAAUGCUGCCGUGGGUAUUAUGAGGGUGUUGGUUCAAUGCCCAAUCGACUACAACCACCGCUUUGGCGCUCACCGCCCAAGGAAGCUGCACCCACGCGUGAAGAGCAAGUGGCUGCGCACAAACAGUCCAUCUCGCGACAUCGACAUAACUGGACCCGUGGAAAUACGCCACCGGAUUAUUGGGAGAUCGGGUUCCCUAACACCCAGCAAGUCAACGCAAUCAAUGAGAAGGCACAGAAGAUGCAGCAAGAAAAGGAAAAGAUGGUUGAGCAGGAGGCCAACAAGGCCAAUGGACGGUACUAUCGAAAAGGUUGA